AUGGAAGAGGCGCCCACGGAAGAGCUCAGAUUAGACAGCAGUAUCAUCCGUUGCCGCAUCGGAGACCAUGUGAAGGAGCCGACAAGCAAUAAGGAGGUGCCUAUGGCGGAUGUAAUCACACGCCACGUCAAGCAGGUUGCCGACUUUAACAAAGCUCUCGAGAAACGGAGGCUUUGGAGAAAGAGAGAAAAAGAGCUCGAAGCGAAGCACAACGACACGUGGGGAAUCUUGAGGUCGAAAGGGCGUACGAAGGAGCUCAGAGAGAGCCCGGAUCUCGUCUCUAGUAACGCCAGGAGGGUCUUAGACUCCAUAGUGGUUGAAGGUGUCGAUGAGGAUGUGGUGAAGCAAAGACUUGCCAAAGAGAAAGAAGCGCAACAACUGCAGCUUCAGAACGAUGGCUCCGAUGCGUGGAUGCCCGACCGAUUUUAUACCGAAGAGCUGAAGCAGAAAACGCCAUGGUUUAACCCUGUCGAAUUCCUGAACGACCUGCAACCCCAGCAGCGCGAGGGGAGCCUUACCCCUGUUGCCUCUGACAGCGAGAGCGAUGCUAAGGGGCGUAAGAAGAAAAGGAAGCGCAAAAAGGAGAAAAAGAGGCGCAAAAAGCACAAGAAAAAACGAAAGGACUGA